AUGUCCAAAUCGCAGACAAUGACCAUCUCGCCGACUGAUGGGGCUUAUCAACCUCAUCAUCGUCAUCGCCAGGACGGUCCAUCCACAACACCCGAGACAUUCGAACUGAGUCUCAAAACACCCACAAAGUCACUACGAGAACUCACCCGUCGAGUCGUCCAGGGAGGUAAAGCUUCAUUACCAACGACCGGAGGCGCCCAAACAUCAUCGUCAUCGGACGAAGAAGAAAUCACUGUUCACAAUGGAAUGCCUGCGCCAGUCAAUGCGCCGCCGGCCAUUCAGCGGUGGAAUAUGCCCAGGGGAAAUAUCGGUCGUCUAGGAUUUGCCUUUUUCUCAUUCAUCGUCACGGGUCUCAACGACGGUGCUGUCGGAGCACUGAUCCCAUACCUCGAGACGUACUAUCACCUGAACUACACGACCGUCUCUCUGAUUUUCCUCACCCCCUUUGCAGGCUACUCCCUCGCCGCAUUCACCAAUGCCGCCAUCCACACGAAACUGGGCCAGCGAGGGAUCGCCAUCCUCGCUCCCCUGUGCCACAUCAUCACCUACGCCGUCUUGUCCGCGCACCCGCCAUUCCCCGUCCUCGUCGUGAUCAACACCGUCUCCGGCUUCGGCAACGGCCUCACCGACGCCUGUUUCUGCGCCUGGAUCGGCGCCAUGGACAAGGCCAACGCCGUCCAGGGUUGCCUGCACAGUUUCUACUCGGUCGGCGCGCUGAUCGCCCCGCUGAUUGCCACGUCCAUGGUCGUCCAUGCGAAGCUGCCGUGGUACACGUUUUACUACUUCAUGACUGGCAUGUCGGCCCUAGAAUUCAUCGGUCUCAGCACCGUUUUCUGGCACAAGACAGGGGAGGUGUACCGAAUCGAGCAUCCACGGGACACCGAGGCGACGGGCGGCCGCACUAAGGAGGCGCUGAAGUCGAAAAUCACCUGGAUCUGCUCUGCCUUCUUUUUCACGUACAUGGGCAUUGAAGUCGGACUCGGCGGUUGGAUCGUGACCUUCAUGCUACGCGUCCGGUCGGCCUCGCCCUCCGCGUCAGGCUACUCCGGCACAGGCUUCUGGGCGGGGAUGGCGCUGGGCCGAGCGUGCUUGGGGUUCGUGACCGAGCGGUUCGGCGAACGCGUCUGCAUCUCCAUCUACCUGGCGCUGUGCCUUGCGCUGCAGCUGAUCUUCUGGCUUGUGCCGACGUUCCUCGUGUCCGCCGUGGCCGUGGCAUUUCUCGGAUUCUUCCUCGGCCCCAUGUUCCCCGGCUGCGUCAUGAUGGCGGCGAAACUGCUCCCGCGACACAUCCACGUCAGCAGCAUCGGCUUCGCCAUGGCGCUCGGCGGCACCGGCGGCACCGUCUUCCCCUUCGCCAUCGGCGCCAUCGCCGCGUCCAAGGGCGUCAAGGUCCUCCAGCCCAUCAUCCUCGCGCUGCUCGUCGUGCUCUUGGGCCUGUGGUUGAGUUUUCCCAGGGUGAAGAAGAGGGAGUAA